AAUAACAAACUUCAGUGCAAGCCUGUACGAGAAUCAGAAAGUUGGCAAAUUGUUGAAGUGAACGGUAUUCACGCGUUUCUCGACGCAUUUCAAAGUAUACACGCUGUUACUGCAAGAAGAACAAUACAUACUUUUAUUUAUAUUCAACGACAAAUCAUUGGCAAAGCAAGAUGAGAUGUUUAAACGUUCUUCUGUUACUUCUUCUCUCGGUAAUGUCCGUCCAUGCGGCAAUAAUGUCGGAUUUUGAAGACUAUCUUGCAAUGAUUGAGAGCGACCCAACUGACGGGGACGACGAAGACGGGAGUGCUCAGACAGACGUCGACGCGUUUAUCAGCGACCACACCGGUUCCUGAGCAGAGCAAUGUACCACGCGGGACGACUUGUUGCGAACUGGGUCGUCUCGCUGGCGUCGGUGGAUUCCAUUGUAACCCUGAAUACUACAAGCCCCGCAUGUUUAUCAGAAAUAGAAAUCGUCCUCACAACGCGAAGAUGCGCUUCCACGAAGAAAACGACCAGCCUCUCAAGCAGGGAUACUCGUUGAUGAGACAGUUCUGGAAGUGCGUGGGUGGGUUCAGCUUGAGACUCGAGAAUGAGUUUCACAAGUGCUGCAAAUCCGCGUACAUGGAGCAACAAAAAACAAGUUUCCGCGAGAGGUCAAAAGUCGACACCGAGGGCGCUUUAAAACACAGCAAGCAUCGUGAUCGAAACGAUUAUGGCGACCGUGCAAAGGAAGAAGAACUUCUUUUAAUUCAACGAGUCCAUAACGACCGAGUGAGGGAGGAAGAGCUACGUUCAAUGCGGCGAAACCAUGACGACCAAGCGAAGGAGGAAGAGCUUCUUAGUAUGUUACGAGGACAUUAUUAAAAUGAGACUUUAUAUACCUAUAACUGUGAAUAAUUGUGGGUUAAAAAUCAUCACAUUAACAAAUUUUAUUUAUUUUUAAAACGUUUUAGUUGAAUUAUUGAGAAAAAAAACACAUUUAAAACAUUUCCAUCAAAUUAUACAUGAUUGAACAUUAAUUCUGACUUAGACUCUAAAGUACGAGUGUCGCAACUAACAAUAGCUGAUGAUGGCGCUGUUGCAUUGCUAUAAGCCACACUGGUAGAUUGAGGGCGCUAUUCAAUUGAAAGAACGAGCUCAUUAAUCCUAUGUAUAUUUAUUGACUCUUUAUUUAUGAGACUUUACAAAAAUAUAUGUAUUGUUGAGAUUUUAUCUUUAGGGCAUUUUAUGUAAUUCGUCCAGUCUUACUGGUGGAAGCCUAGGUUGGAUCGGUGAAAUACCUAACACUGUCAACUGGAUAAAUAAAAAUUGAAUUGAUCUGAGAUGUGAUCAAGUUAGCCUGACAUGUAGGCGUGAAUGGUGCCCUCACCGACCGAACGGCAUGUUGGGUUUGGAGCACUGCGGAGGGCGCAGCUCACAUGAUUUUGUCAGGCUAUGAUCAAGUUGGUAGAACACGUUAGACGAAUAUAUAGACACCUAGGGGGUGGAAAUUAUAUUUGUCGAUACCUAGGACUCGAGUUUUGGAGAAUACCGAAUAUUCAAAAUGGUUAUUUCGCAGCUAAAUGAAACUUGACAACGUUUCACUCAAUGCCGUAUUUCCUACAUGUCUUUUAGUCAGGGGUCAACGAAAAAGCUUGUGGUUUGGGGCACUAUUGUUGAAUCUACUCAAAAGGGUGGAUUUAUUGUAAAACAUAUACUUCCAUAGUGGGUUCUGUUGACGAAUGUUAUUAAAUUAUUGCCGUACAAACACAUUCCAAAUUUCCCUUAAUAGUAAGUUGUGCUAUUCAAGCUCCAACCCGAAACCAGAAAAGAGUAUAAAACGACAACGUAAGCAUAUUGAUUGACCUUGACAUUCGGAUUUUGAUUGUCAGGAUAUCACUAAAUUGUUGCCAUAACUGUCCCGUACAUUUGUCGUCAAAGUUCAAGGCUCUGGGAUUGCAAGCUGGAAACGUGUCAGCACAUAUUUACUCUAAUGCUUUCAAGUUGAUGACGUGACGUGUGUGAGUAUUUACAUUAUUGAAAUGUGAAAUAAAACAUGUAAUAUAGACUGUGGAAUAAAUCAUGUAAUAUAGACUAUAAAAUAAAACAUUGCAAGUUUCUAAAA